AUGACCAAUUUUGACACAUGCGAACAGCCGUCGCUGGACAUUGAUGCUUUCGUUUUUGAUCACAGCUACCACGAGGGGGUUACAUCUUUUCCUGGUCUGUUGAAUAGCCAGAUUGUGAAUUAUGACGCCUGCCUUGAGAGCCAAUCUUUGGCUUAUUUACAUGAACACCAAUCUUCCCCAUUCACUCAUGACGUGCACCUCGACCCUCUACCCGUGGAGUCAAUGGCCUACAAUCGUGAGACUAGCGCAGCAGAUGCCAACCUUGCCCUUUCUCUUAGCCAUGGAGACUCCGUAUCUACGCACUACACUUGCCCACAAUACAACAAUCUCAUAUGCUCUAGCCCUGGAUGGUUCUCUACACCGGACAGUUUGACUACGAGUGCAGACCCAUCUCCCACCAACAACCCCCAUCAGCGCCUGCACCACGGCAUUGGCCAACGCGGUCAUCGGUCCCUUUCCAGCACCUCGGCGAGGAGAAAGCGCAAUUACUCGGUGGAUUCAUCAGCCACCAGCAGUACCGUUCAAUGUACCCAGUGCGACUUGACAUUUUCCAGCGUCUCCACCUUUGCGAGGCAUGUCAGAUCCGAGCAUGUAAGGCCACUGCUCUGCAUUUUCCACUAUGCUGGUUGCACGUCACGCUUCGCGUUCAAAAACGAGUGGAAGCGUCACGUUAUUUCACAGCAUCUCAAUCUUCAGUAUUGGGUCUGCGUCGAGGGUAGCUGUGCAUUGAAGCAGCGCCCGAUGACCAAGUUCCCCGUCAGUACAGUCCCAUGCCAAGGAUCCAUCUUUAACCGCAAGGAUCUAUAUACGCAGCAUCUUCGCCGCAUGCAUACCACCCUCGAAACUGGAGGCACCUGUUCAGAUACCAGGGGGCCUGCCUCGGGCCAAUCUAGAGACCACAUCCGUGGGCUGCAGGACAAGGCCGCACGUACGCGCUGCAGCUUGCCACACUUUAUGCUGUGCCCCGUGUCCGGCUGCUUGAGCCCGUUUUCCGGUCCAAACGCGUGGGAUGACUGGAUGGAGCACAUUUCUAUUCACAUGCAACGCGCUGCUAGCGGCAAGGAAGCCGCCGUCAACUGCGGUGGCUCUAACGGCUGGACUUUGACUGAAUGGGCUGCGAGCGAGGCAGUCGGUAUUAUUACCCGCCACACAUCCUCCGGUACGUGGACGCUGGGGAAGCCCAUUCAUGACAAGGGAACAAAGUGGGCGUCCUACACGGCAUAUUGA